CCCUGACGAUGAAGCCAUAAGUGGCCUAUUCCCUGGUGGACUCCAGCCAAGUGUCUACAUUUCUGAUUUCCAUUCUUCUUAUAGUCUAUGGUAGUUUCAGGUCCCUUAAUAUGGACUUUGAAAAUCAAGAUAAGGAGAAAGACAGUAACAGUUCUUCUGGGUCUUUCAAUGGCAACAGCACCAAUAAUAGUAUCCAAACGAUUGACUCUACCCAGGCUCUUUUCCUGCCAAUUGGAGCAUCUGUUUCUCUUCUAGUAAUGUUCUUCUUCUUUGACUCAGUUCAAGUAGUUUUUACAAUAUGUACAGCAGUUCUUGCAACAAUAGCUUUUGCUUUUCUUCUUCUCCCGAUGUGCCAGUAUUUAACAAGACCCUGUUCACCUCAGAACAAGAUUUCCUUUGGCUGCUGUGGACGCUUCACUGCGGCAGAGUUACUGUCAUUCUCACUGUCUGUCAUGCUUGUCCUCAUCUGGGUUCUCACUGGCCAUUGGCUUCUGAUGGAUGCUCUGGCCAUGGGUCUCUGUGUCGCCAUGAUCGCCUUCGUCCGCCUGCCGAGCCUCAAGGUCUCCUGCCUGCUUCUCUCAGGGCUUCUGAUCUAUGAUGUCUUUUGGGUAUUCUUCUCAGCCUACAUCUUCAAUAGCAACGUCAUGGUGAAGGUGGCCACGCAGCCGGCGGACAAUCCCCUCGACGUUCUGUCCCGGAAGCUCCACCUGGGGCCCAACGUUGGGCGUGAUGUUCCUCGCCUCUCUCUGCCUGGAAAACUGGUCUUCCCAAGCUCCACGGGUAGUCACUUCUCCAUGUUGGGCAUUGGGGACAUUGUGAUGCCCGGGCUCCUGUUGUGCUUCGUUCUUCGGUAUGACAACUACAAAAAACAAGCCAGCGGCGACUCCUGCGGAGCCUCGGGACCUGCCAACAUCUCUGGGCGAAUGCAGAAGGUCUCCUACUUUCACUGCACCCUCAUCGGCUACUUCGUAGGUCUGCUCACUGCUACCGUGGCAUCCCGCAUUCACCGAGCCGCCCAGCCCGCCCUUCUCUAUUUGGUGCCAUUUACCUUAUUGCCACUCCUCACAAUGGCCUAUUUAAAGGGUGACCUGCGGCGGAUGUGGUCUGAGCCAUUCCACUCCAAGUCCAGCAGCUCCCGGUUCCUGGAGGUAUGAUGGAUCACACGGAAGUGACCAGAAGGGCCAGCGUGGUCCUCUUCUCAGCGCGUGGUUUGUUCCCUCUUAGAGCCGGUCUGGUACUGAGAGACGUACCUGUUUAAGGAACUGCCGUGGGACUGGACUUGGCAUUUAAAGAGAGCUUGUUGGCAGAGAGGUCCUGGAGCCCCGUUCGGUUCCUGCCCUUUCUGCGGUUGCGGAGGUGGAGUCCCUUCAGAAGUGACAGGCCCUCCAGCGCUCCUUCCUCCCCGUUUUUAUGGAUCUGCACCAGACUGUUACCUUGCGGGGCAAUGGAGAUCGGACUGUUUAAAAACUGAAAACGGCAAGGAGUCGUUCCAGAACUUUUGAACACUAAAAAGAUGACAAAAGUUAGCAAACCGGAAUUUCUUCAGUGAACCCCAAGAACUUUGGGACCAGUUUCCUAUGGGGGACUCAGUUUCAGAGAACUGAGACAGAAGCUCUUCUGUCGUUAUAUUCUUCUUUCCUUUUUUUGGAUUUAUUAAAUAUUUUCUGUGGUGUGAAGUGACUUCUUAAAUCCACAGACAUCGAGUGACUUCUUACAACAUACACGUGAGAAUGUGUUGUAAUGAGUUCAUGUCCACCCAGAUGUUGUGUUGGCAGUGAACAAGGGCACGGUUUUUAUACAUGCACACACACACACACAGAUAUAUAUAUAUAUGAAUAAACAGUUCAAACUUGCUAAGAUCAUGCUGUGUAGCACAGGGCUUGCUGUAACUUCGAGCAUGUAGGCCGUUUCCUCGGGCUUCCUGUACAUGGAUCAGCUGCUGUCCCUCCCCUUCACCACCGACCCUGCAGUAGAAACCGGCGUAGCAUUUGUACUGAUAGAUUCAUGGACUUUACGAGACUUACUCGGUUUUGAUCAGUGUAGCAAAUUAGGGAUGAAAAGUUAGAGCUUUUUGGCCCUUUCCCUUUCACAGGCUUCUCCCCGACAAGGUCUUAGUCGCUUCCUGAACCGAUGCAUGUAUAUAGCAGCAGGUGUCUUUGUGCUUUCUGAUCAUAGUAAUGUACUACUUGUAAAUACAUUUUUCUAUUUUCUAUUUUUUUGUAUUUUUUUUUUUGGCAUUUUGUUUCAUUGGUGUGCUGUAUUUUCCAUGCCCUCAUUCCUUUAAGAGAAAAAAAAAAGGAAAAAAGCAACACAA